AUGUUGGCAGACAUCAUUGAAUACUGUCAAGAAAGAGGAUUAAAGACAGAAGGAGCCAAGUCAGAGCUGAUUGAAGGCUUGAUCAGUUGGAAAGAAAGUCUUCGGUUGGUCCCUGCGCCAUCAACACCUAGGCUCUAUACAGCACAUGAACUCUUUCCAGACUCGUCCAGAACAUUAUUAUCUCCAGAGAAAAGACUAGAACUGAACUCUCGAGAACUCUCAUUAUUAUUCCUCGACGACAAGAAUCCUCAGUUUGAUAUAGCCUAUAGUGCAUUAACCAUUGGCAGAAAAUUAGGAAGUGGAGGGUUCAAGGACUGUUAUGCAGGCUAUUAUAAAGGAGAACCAGUAGCUAUAGGAGAAUUAAGGCUCACUCAGUUCAAUCAAGUAGAUUUGAAUGAGAUUAAACAUGAGAUUGACGUAUUAAAACAAUUACGACAUGAAAACGUGAUCCGAUUUAUUGGUGUCUGUACUCACCCGCAGCACUUGUGUAUCAUCACAGAACUUUGUGAAAAGGGGGACUUGUUUGAUGUCAUCAGAUCUUUUAAGAAACCAAGCUUCUCUCAAUUGGUGAUGUAUAUGUAUGAUAUUGCCUUGGGUGUUUCUUAUCUCCAUACGAGAAGGCCAUCCAUUAUUCAUAGAGAUUUGAAAUCAAUGAAUAUUUUGGUAAAGGUCUCUGCAGAUGAUCGUGCAAAGAUCAAUGACUUUGGUUUAGCUAGAAUUAGACCCAAGGCGAAUAUAUUGAUGCAUACACAUUGUGGAACGCCCAACUGUUAUACAGAAAAGGUCGAUGUCUAUGCUUGUGGUCUCAUCUUUUGGGAAAUUUUAACAUGGGGAGAGUAUGGCUACCCGUACCAAGACAUGUCAGAGCAUGCUCUGUAUGUAGCUGUCAAAGAACAACGUAUUCGACCUCCUUUAGGAAAGUUAAGCCAAUUAUAUCCACAUCAAUUACUCUUGUUGAUCAUGGAGAUGUGGGAAGGAGAACCACGACUGCAAUAUUUAUAA